AAGAUUACAAUGUGAAACACGAUGCAGCUGCUCAUGCUGUUUCAUCGCAAUAUCGUUUCAUUCGAUUCCUUUCGGUACGCAUUUCUUCGCGAUCUGUCACUUGAUUCUCUCGAAAUGUUAUAGGGAGCUAGUUCAAAUAUUCUAAUGAGACAUCAUUGCUAUACAGGUCUUGACGGUAUAUUAACAAUGUCUAUCAAGGUGUAUAAAAGAGAUGACGGAGAAGAAACGAGAAGGGAAUUAAAUUUCUGUGCUAGAUACUUAAACACUGCUUCUUUAUCGUGUUUCAUAAAGUUAAUAACAAGUAGUGAGUGUAUAUCUGCAAGUGAAUCCUUCUUAAGAUUUUUUAAAAAUUUUUCUCUCUUACAGUGGAUAUGAGAAAAUGUGUCGGAUAUUUUCAAGUAUAUUUUGUCAAAAUUCAUUCUAAGUUCUUCCGAAUGAAAAUGUUUCAUUUUUUUUCAUGCUUUGAUAGCGAUGGUAGUGUUUUCUAUAUCACGAUGAGUCUUUUUCUUGUCGUUUAUUGUAGGGAUUCCUAACAUUCCAGUCAAUACACAAUGGACGCAGAAUGGAGUAACGGUUGCUGGAGGCAAUGGACCUGGGUAUGCUACCAAUCAACUCAACUGGCCUUGGGGUAUCUUCGUUGAUGAUGAUCAAACGAUGAUUAUCGCUGACUGCAACAAUGCUCGUAUCAUUCAAUGGAAGAUGGGUGAUAAGAAUGGACAAGUGGUGACUGACGGCAAUAGUCCAGAAGGUGGAUUGAAUCAAUCAGGUUGUAAGCCCGAUGUGUUGAUCGAUAAAGAGACUAACAGUCUCAUCAUUUGUGAUCUAACAAACCGACGAGUGGUACGUUGGUCUCGUCUUAGUGAUACAACUCAAGGAGAAAUAGUUCUUGAUAACAUCGAUUGCUGGGCACUGGCAAUGGAUGAUCAGAAAUAUCUCUACAUCUCUGACAUGGUCAAACAUGAAGUAAGACGAUAUCAAAUGGGAGACAAAAAUGGAACUCUCGUGGCUGGUGGUCGUGGUAGAGGUAAGGAUUUCAAUCAGCUCAGUGGUCCAAUCCAGAUCUUUGUCGAUCGAAAACAAGCUGUCUAUGUAUCAGAUAAUUCCAAUCAUCGUGUGAUAAAAUGGAAUAAAGGUGCAACAGAGGGCAUUGUCGUUGCGGGAGACCAAGGACAAGGGCAGGCUGUGACACAAUUGGCCAGUCCUCGAGGGUUGUUCGUUGAUAUGUUGGACACCGUUUAUGUGGUUGAUAUGGGAAACCAUCGAGUGAUGCGUUGGCCUAAAGGAGCAAAACACGGCACUAUUAUUGUGGGUGGAAAUGGUCCAGGAGAAGAAGCAAAUCAACUCGACAAUCCUGUGGGUUUAUCUUUUGAUCAACGUGGCAAUCUCUACAUCGUCGACACUAUGAAUGCUCGAGUUCAACGAUAUUCUAUCGAAUGGACUGUUUACGAUGGCUAA